GGAGAGUCAAGUGGACGUAGACAUCAGACCUCCAAUUUGAGGGAAUUUAUUUUACUUGUGCAGCUAUAAGAAAUAGCAUUUAAAUAACACAUUUAAAGAAAGAAAAUGCUGAACGGUGGGAUCCUAUUUCUAAGUUUUUGCCUUAGUUUUGCAGAAGGAUUUAUGACAAAUUCUGAUUCGACAGAGAAGAAACAGUACCAGAUCCAGAAUGGGCCAUGUACUUACACCUUUCUGCUGCCAGAACCACAGAAUUGUGACAGCUCUUCAAGCACCUACAACAACCAAGUGCAGCGAGAUGAUCUGGUUGACUAUGACAGCUCAGUCCAAAGACUGGAACAACUAGAGACCAUCAUGGAGAACAACACACAAUGGCUGCAAAAGCUGGAGAACUACAUCCAGGAGAACCUCAAACAAGACAUGGCUCAAAUUCAAAAUGACGCUGUGCAAAACCACACAGUGACCAUGAUCAAGAUAGGGACCAGAAUCAUGAGUCAGACAGCAGAGCAAACAAGAAAAAUCACCACUGUUGAAGCACAGGUAAUUAAUCACACAACUCGACUUGAACGUAAGCUUCUUGAGAACUCCAUUUCAACCAGCAAACUGGAAAAAGAAAUUCUGCAGCAGAUAAAUGAUAUCAACAAACUGAAUGAAACGAACAGCUUCCUUGAGAUGCGACUGGAGGAGAUGGAGGGAAAGAGAAAUGCAGAGCUGGAGAACUUAAAGGAGGAGAAGGAGCAGCUCAAGAAUCAGGUGGAGGAACAGGCCAGUAUCAUAAAAGAGAUGGAGCAGAAGCAGCAGGAGCUGGUGAACACAGUCAACAACCUGAUCAACACCAUCUCUGUGGGUAGCAGUUCUGCAAUGAUGCAAGACAACCCAGAACAUUACAAUGACUGUGCAGCAGUUUUCAAAUCAGGGAACAAAGAAAGUGGGGUCUAUUCAUUGACCAUACCUGAUACAAAACAGCAAUUCAAGGCUUACUGUGACAUGGAGACAGAUGGAGGCGGAUGGACAGUAAUACAGAAGCGCUUCAAUGGCCUUGUUGAUUUCCAUCAAACGUGGAUGAAUUACACAAUGGGGUUUGGAGACAUCUCAGGUGAACAUUGGCUGGGGAAUAUAUUCAUCUCUAAGUUGACACAAGAAAAGAAGAAUGUACUACGGAUAGAUCUGAUGGACUGGGAGGGGAAUACAGCCUUUUCCAAAUAUAAUCAGUUCUCACUUGAUGAAGAGAAGCAGAACUACAGGAUACAACUAAACGGCUACAGUGGAACAGCAGGGAAAACCAGUAGCAUGGGCCAGCCAGGAAGUGAUUUCAGCACAAAGGAUGUAGACAAUGACAAAUGUGUUUGCAAAUGCUCACAAAUGCUUUCAGGAGGUUGGUGGUUCGAUGCCUGUGGACCAUCCAAUCUCAAUGGUGUGUACUACCAGCAGGGGCAGAAUACCAAUCGUUUCAAUGGCAUCAAAUGGUACUACUGGAAAGGCUCAGCAUAUUCACUAAAGACUACGACUAUGAUGAUCAGACCAUCAGACUUCUGAGUCUCUAGCCCCAACACACAAUGAUAACUGAUGUCACUGCUUUCCUGUCCAAUAAGGACGCAUACUGUGGGGAGAAAGUUUGACCUUCAAGUACCUCUGAAAAUAGAUUUUGAAUCAGAAGAUAAAGCACUUGAAAAAAAGCUUUGUUUAGCUGUUAAAUUGUUACAAAUAUGGCCUACAGCAUAUAAGGAUGGAACACCACCAAUGGACAAAGUUUUGGUCAAAAUGAAUUUUGAAUAAUUAUCAUGAAUUGAAGGAGUCACAACACUUGUAAAAGGGAUACACACCAUCAGAUUGACCUACCUUGAUGCUUCACAGAAUAUCCUUCAAGUUGAAGCAAUCAAAACGAGUAUUUUCUAAAGAGUUUAUUUUGAUGUAAUAUAUUGUAAAUGCCAAAUAAUUUACAAAAUUUAGGUUUGAUAUAUUGUCAAUGUGACUAUGGUACAAGAGUGAAUUUGAUGAAUAAUGUUGAGGGAAUUCUUUGAGCUUGCCUGACAAAUUGCUUCUCUAUAUACUGCAGCUGUCAUUAACACACGGUUUAGUGCUUUGGAUCUAUAAAACCUUCUUGUCCAUUUCUUCAGUCAGCUAUGUUGACAGUGGCCCAAACUCCAAAGCAUUUCUCAUUAACCAACAUUGCAAAAGAGUGUUAAAAAUGUACAGUUAUAUUUACACUACCAGUUUUAGUUAAUCAUUUCAGGUAAUAGUCACAUUUUUCAUCAAUAUCAACAAAAAUUAGUGUCUUUUCUUGUCACUGUAUCAGUAGUUAUUAGGGAUGUCUCGAUAUGAUUGAGAACCAGUACGAGUAUAGAUACCGAUAAAGUAUUAUUUAAAAUGUAAAUGCUGUUUAAAUGUUAUCAAAUGAAAAUAGAACAAUGAAUUUAACAUACUGGAUUUUUUUUAAUUAAAUGACAUGCUUUCAAACCGAACCUCACAGCACAAUCCAAAAUACAAUAUUGGAGUUAUAUUUUGUCAAAUAAAGUGCUGCACAACAGAGCAUCAGAAAUGUGAGAUAUUGCUUAAAUUAAAUUACUACUGAUUUAUUAUUAUAAUUAUUAUUAUUAGUAGUAGUAGUAGUACAGUGAAUACUGCAUGAUGUUGUAAAUGUUUUCCAUUUAAAUUGAGCUUUUAUUUUGAAGCCCUAUCGGGUUCUGUGUGUUCUUGUCGGUAGCUUCUCACUUCCAGAAAAGAAGGUCGCUACGUGACUCAGUGAUUAUUAAACUCCAAAAUGCUUUUAUUUCAUUAAAUAAAUAUGUAAUCUGUUUGUGCCUCACGCUACAAAGUGAAUUAGUGCUCUGCUCGCUGUCAUUUGCUACAAAAAGAGUGUGCAAUGUUCAUGAUGGUGUUUUCCGUAUAUGAGCCAAGGAGCUUCUAAAUGCUAUGACCACUAUGUGUCUAUGUCAGCAUGACAACGGCUCCAUACAUUCACUUUGAAGCGUGCAGCACAUGCAAACUAUUUAUCUCAUUAAAUUACAGCCUUUGCUGUUUAAAAAAAAAAAAAAAAAAAUCACACUAGAACAUUACAUGGUUUUAAUUUGUGAGCUGAAUGUUUACAGAAUGAAAUUCGUACAUAAGAUGAUAUCGAUUUUUGGUAUUGGAGCAUUUUCAUGUGCACGAUUACAAGUAUCGGGACAUCCCUAGUAUUUAUUGUUUAUAAAAGUAUCAAAAUAACAAAAACAUGGGAAAUGUAGCCUUGGCAUAUUGGUUUAAGCAUUAGGGAAACUAUGCUUUACUCAAAAAGUAUUUGGGAGGCUUGAUUUUAGAUAAAGGCUGAAUUUCAUCUUUCACCAUUCUUAAAUCCCUGUCAAUAACCGUUUCGGACUAGUGUAAAAAAUAUUUUAAUAAGAGCAAAUCAGUGCAUGUACAAUUCUGUUUGCAUCUUCAGUUAAAUGUUUAGUGAUGAUAUCUGGAGAGAUGGUAGGAAUCGUUAUAACUAUGAAGCACAGUUAGUAUUUUGAUUAAGAGAAUAAUUUAUUUGUUAGAGCUAAAAUAUAACUUACAAAUCUUAUGUCAAUUUUUUUGUGAUUUUAGACUAUGUAUUUAUGUGUGUUGUAAAAGGCCUAUUCACACCAAGUCCGCAAUUUCUGCACAAAAUACAUGCAGGACAAGAACUUGAUGUGAAACAAUGCACCUCUGACUGAAUAUUAAAUAU